AUGAUGAAAAUGGGAAAUGAGACAAAUAUUGAAGAAUUCAUCUUAGAGGGAUUUCCUGCUGUCCAGCACCUAGGAAAACUCUUUUUUGUGGUCUUUCUACUAUUAUAUCUUGUGUCUAUCAUAGGAAAUACAAUCAUUGUCAUGAUCAUGUGGUUGGACCAUCGCCUCCAAAUACCAAUGUAUCUUUUCCUGAGUGGAUUCUCUUUCCUAGAAUGCUGUUUUACAACAAGUGUUAUUCCCAAAUUGCUGACAAUCUUUCUCUCGGGUAUGCAAACCAUUUCUUUUGCUGCCUGCCUCACUCAAACCUUUGUCUUCAUUUCUCUUGGGGUCACAGGAUUCUUUCUCAUAGCUGUGAUGUCGGUGGAUCGAUACCUAGCAAUUUGCAAUCCUCUGCAUUACCCCAGUAUCAUGACAAUGAAGAUCUGUUUCCUUUUGAUACUAUUCUGUUGCAGUAUGGGAAUCCUCGUAACAACUAUCCUGGUUGUAAAGGUGUCUCAGCUAUCCUUCUGCGGCUCAAAUAUCAUCAAACAUUUCUUAUGUGAUCUUGGUCCUCUGACACAACUCUCAUGCUCUGACACAAGUUUUAUUGAAUCAUUGGCUUUUUUCCUUGCUCUGUUUAUCAUUCUGUCCUCCCUUACUGUUACAAUGAUAUGCUAUAUCAAUAUUACAAUCACGAUAUUGCAUCUCCCUUCAGCCAAGGAACGCCAGAAAGCUUUUUCCACUUGUUCUUCUCACCUCAUUGUCCUCUCUUUAAUAUAUGGCAGCUGCAUUUUUAUAUAUAUAAAACCCAAUCAAGCCAAUAAAUUAGACACCAACCGAGAGGCAGCUCUCAUGAACACUGUAGUUACCCCUGUGCUAAACCCUUUCAUUUAUACUUUACGAAAUAAGCAAUUCAAACUUGCUCUAAAGGAUGUUAUUUACAAGGUGAAAUUGUUUAGAUAG